AUGAAUGAAGCACAGGUGCUAAAAUACAGCGGUGAAAAGAAUGCGAACAAUUUAUGGAAAUUGAUAAAGAAAAAUAUGGCCGCAGAAACUGAAGAACUGAAGGCUCGCACUUUAAAUGAGUUAACAUAUUUAAAAAUGAAGAGAGACGAGAACGUUGAUAGUUACAUCAAUAGAGCAGAAGCCUUAAAAAAUCAGUCUCAACAAUUGGGUAAAUAUAUUGAAAAUUUUGAGAUUAAAAUGUAUAUAUUAAGGGGUUUAAGACAGGAAUUUGAUAAUAAUGUAAAGAUAUUGGAAACUCGACGUGAUUUAGAAAUAAAUGAUAUAAGAUUUGCCCUAAAACAAGAGGAAUCAAGGAGAGAAAAAAGAAAAGAUGUCAGUGGGUAUAGAGAGCAUGAAAGGGUAAGAAAUGCAAGGGACACAGUGAAAAAUGAUCUCAGAUGCCACAAUUGUGGAAUGGAAGGCCACACGGCUAAUGAAUGUUAUAGAGAGAAACGUUGCUAUAACUGUCAGAAUUUUGGACAUAUAGCUGCUAACUGCAAAGUAAGAAGAAAUCAAAAUUAUCAUGGAAGAGGAACAAGAAAAGAAUUCCAGAGGGGGCAACGAGGAAGAUCUACCGGACAAAAUCGUAACAGAACAGAAGUAUCGCUCAGGACUACGGAUGAAGCUGUAUUGACGGCCAGGGAGCUGCCAAUUGAAGAAACAACGAGUGAAUCGUCCCCAGAAGAUAAAGAGGAAACGAUGCAAACUUCACCAAUUGAAUACAAAAAUAGCAAUGAGGCAGUAUUUGCAACAGCCGAAGAAGAAGAAUUUAUUAAGGACACUAAGAAGGCUCGUACAUGGUUACUGGACACUGGGUCAACGAGUCAUAUGUGUUACGAAAGAGAACUGUUUGAUAAAUUAACUCAUGAUGAAGGGCAAGUGACAAUGGUAGAUAAGAAAGGUAAGAAGUUAAUAUCAGAAGGAAUAGGUGAUGUCGUAGUUAAACAGGUAUCUAGCAAGAAUAAUAUAAGAUUAGAGAAUGUUUUGUGCGUUCCGGAACUGACUACAAAUCUAUUGUCGGUAGCAAAAAUAACUGACCACGGUUAUACGGUAAAAUUUCAUAAAUAUGGCGCAAUUAUUUAUAGAGAUCCGGAUAAAAUUGAGUUGACGGCUGUGCGUGUAAAUAAAUAUUUUGUAAGAUCGCUUUUAGUUGAUAAUGAAACGGUGGCAUUUUUAUCCGAUACAGAUAUAUGA